AUACGCAUAUGGGGGUUCGCAGAAAGAUGUACAAUGUGUUACCUAUCUGUGAAACCGAUCAAUAUUUACUUUUCCUCUCCAAACUUUCUUGAGGAUGGGUAUUUGUAUUAAAAAUUUUCAAUUCUGUUAGUAAGAUGCGAUAUUGAAGAAAUUCAAAAUUGAACAAUAAGCGCACGAAAUCGAUUACGUAUUCACGAUGGACAGUAUGCGACUACCAAUGGAUAACCUCUUUAAUAUGCUGUCAAGCUUCAGUGCGGGUCACGAAAAAGCUUUAAAACAAGGCAUUUACAAUGCCUUGGCAUUAUUUCUCUUAUGCUUGAUUUCAGUAGCUGGGUAUGGAUUGUACAUUAUAUUGAGUCCAUUCGUAAAACCUUUAAUAUGGGCAUUAUUAUGUGGUUCUGCUUUAUUUCCAUUUAAAUAUUCAUUAACUACUGUUGUACACUCAUGGUUUGAGAAAGCAGAAAAAUCUCAUACACCACUGAUUAUAAACUUAACUCUGUUACCCUUACAAAUAGUGGACAAAGUUUCUGACAAUUUAGGAUCAUUCUUAUGGAGUCGCAUCAAAUAUAUUGCUAUUGCAAUCUUACUAGCAGCUUCAAGUUUUGGUUUAUAUUAUUAUACACCUAAUAUACUAAGUUGCCUUGUUUGGAGAAUAUGUGUAAUAUUUAAUUCUAUCAUUGGAUUUUAUAUAACAACGUGUAACAUUUAUACAAUUUCUAUUUUACUUAUUGGAUAUUUGUCUAUAUUAUAUAUUUAUUGGACACCAACUAAUUCAAUUAAUUUUCAUUAUGCUUCCUUUGUCGUAUGGUUUUGUAUUAGUUUAUAUGUUUCUAAUAUAUUUGGAGCCUACCAAGUGCUCAUAUUUAUAUUAUUGGGAGCAUUAUGCUUAAUGGGAUUUAUUUAUGAAGUAAUACUUAUAAUGGAAAGUCAAGAAUUAGAAGAUAAACAUAUGACUUUCAUGGAAGCAACAAGGUUUGCACUAACAAACAACUUAGUUGCAAGUACUCAAGAUGAUGUGAUAGUUCCUUUAAAAACUAAACAGUCUACAGAGAAUAUUGGAAGCGAAACAAUAAUUGCAGAUGCUAGCUCAAAAGAUAAUAACGAAGAAACUACAAGACCACUGUCUGCACCAGUAACAGCAGCUAGUGGGUAUAAUACAAAAUUGUACAGGAAAUCUAUGUCAUUAGAUGCUGAUGAUGGCACAGCUGUAUCAAGUCACAAAUACCAGUCUGCUAGUAACAAUCGUUAUCUUCUAAGAAGAUUGAAAACAGAAUUAAAAAUAUCUAUAGAUAUGGAGAACAACAAAGUUGAUACAGAUAAAUAUAUGUAUGGUGCAUUAUAUGCUUGCAUUGGUAUGCUUUUGUGGAAACACAAGUGGAUGAUAUGUAUUUUAAUAAUACCAACAGUCUUCUAUAUUAUUAAACAACUUGGUAAUUAUUUUGGAUUAUGGAAAAUGCUAGCAAAUCAGUAUAAUAUUAUUAUACAAGUUAUAAUGACAUGGUGCAUGCAAAGGCAUCAGGCUCUUUUACCAGCUAAUAUUAGAGGUUUAUACAAAAUUAUAAUAAUAAUUGAUGAGAAAUUGACGAAAGCUUUAAAAGCAUCAGUAGAUACAGUGGCAACAGCUGCUGUGAUUUUUGGGCUACUCGUGUUUACUAUUUGUGCAUCUAUUUUUAUAACGAUACAGGUUUACAUAGAAGGUAUGCACCUUAUCCAAAUUACUGGAGAGAUUCUCAAUUCAUCUUUGAAUAAUCCAGACAUUGAUUGGUUACCUGAGCAAUGGGAAGAUUCUGUCAGUAAUGUAUUAUCCAAUGCUUAUACAUAUGGGCGAAGUGCUAUUUCUGAUGGAGUAAAAGGUAUAGUAAAAGAUUUAGACGCUACAAAAGCUGAACAAAUGGAAAAGAAAGUUUUAGAACUUUGGGAUACACUAUAUUAUUGGAUGAUAUCCAAUGACAAUACAGAUAUAGUUGGAUCUAGUGUAGAUGUGGCAGGCGCUUAUUCAAUUUGGGAGAGUUUCUCAGAAAGCUUUGGGAAGAUGCCUUUACAAAUAUUUAAUAUGAGCAGCAUACAAAAUUUUAUAAAAGAAAACAUUGGACUUCUUAAGUCAGUUCUAGAUUCUAUUUGGAGUAUAGUUAAAGGCAACAUGUCUGUGAUACUGACCAUUUUUACAGAAUUAUUUUAUAUCGUACUUAUGAGCGGUACAGCUGUUUUCAAUUUUGCUCUGAGCAUGGUGGUGUUUUUUACAACACUUUUCUAUUUACUCAGUUCUAGCAAUAAGACUUACAAACCCAUCGAAUUGACUACGCUAUUUAGCCCUAUUAGCUGUCAUAGUCUUUAUGUUGAGGGAUUCGCUGUGGCCUUACAAGAAGCAGUGAUUGGUGUAUUUGCUGCAACAUUUAAACUUGCUUCCUUUUUUGGGAUGUGGACGUGGUUUAUACAUAACAUGUUUCAAGUGAAGAUUGUUUACUUGCCAUCCGCGUUUGCAACAAUACUUGGAGCAGUACCAUUUUUAGAUGCGUAUUUCGCUUGUAUCCCGGCUACUUUGGAACUGUGGUUUACUCGAGGAUAUAUGGUUGCUAUCCUAUUUUUCAUGUUCCAUUUUCUUCCAUGCAAUAUAGUAGUAACAGAAUUUUACAAGGAAAUUAAGGGUGGUGGACAUCCUUACCUUACAGGUCUUUCAAUAGCUGGUGGAGUCUUUUGUUUGGGAGUAGAAGGCGCAAUAUUUGGGCCAUUACUGUUAUGUUGCAUUAUGGUAGCAAUUAAUUUGAGUCGUCGUUAUCUUCACUCACCUUCGGAAGAAACUAUACCAGAGUAUUCUGAAAUUAAACACUAACUUAAGGGAAAUAAGUAGUUAUUAAUAAUUUUGGAGGAGUAAUCUACAAUUCUUUAAACUAAUAGAGAAUUUCAAAUUUAAUAGAUAAAUUGUUAAAAAUAUAAUAUACGUUAAAUGAUGAUAAUUCAUAAAUACAUUACAAACGUUUAUAAUAUAAAAAACGUUUAACUGAGUUUAACUCAAAAACUAAACUUAAAUCUUGUAUAAUAUUUCAAUGUUUUUAUGGUAUUCUAAAAAAUAAUAAGCUUCUUCAUAAGAAUCUCUUUAAAAAAAGUAAAACGAAUUUCAGAGAUCGGUGUCUUUAUCUGAUCGUUGAACAAGUUCGCUUAAAAAUUGCCUUACUCGUAGUUUAAUUAUUAUGUACUAGUUUUUUAUUAUUAACAAUUUGCUUUAAGGAAGUUACAAUGUACAAUAAAAAGUCCAGCUUACGCUUAUUAAUAUUAAAAGUAUAUUAAAAGUAUAUUAAAGUAUAUUAUUAUAUCAAUUGACUGAAGUAGUAAUCUGUAGAUUUUUUAAAUUACAGUUGAAGAGCAAUUUAACAGAGAAACUCAUUUUGUUACAAGUCUAACUGUGUUAAAUACAUACAUAGCUAUAAUAUAAUACAUAUAUACAGGAGGGUGUCCCAAACUUAAAAACCAAACUGUGAAGACUCUAAUUUACAGCCGAAAACAAAGAAAAACUAUCUUCUUUUGCCUAUAGAUUAAAUUUUUUAAAUUUGGGACACACUGUAUACUCAAAAAUGUAUUCAUAUAUUAUGUAUAUAUUUAUUAAAUUAGAUAGGAAGUGCAUGAAUAUAUCUUUAGUUUUAUGUUUUGUGUAACGUCCUAACUUCAGUAUUAUUAAUAUUAUAUUUUUAAUUAAAACAAAUUUUUAAUGUAACUGUAGAACAAUUAAUAAAUUUAAUAUGAGAUUAUUUUGAAAUUAGGAGAUAAAUUUAUAAAUUCACAGCAUGUUCAGCUUAUAUACAUGGUACUUGAUAAUUAGUAUAAUGUUAACGAUAUUCGUAAUUCUUGUUGCGUUUGAACUUUAUUUACACCGUGAUCAAUAUUUUUUAUAAUGGAGCACAUAAAAUGUAAUUAAUUCGCAUUAAGUACUAAUAUAUUGCAAUAUUAAACAAUAAAUUUAGUAGGAUUUAUUAAUAUACAAUCUAUUUCUUUAGAUUAUAAAUAUCAGAAAGUGUGGUAAUCUUUAAAAUCUCCUUAAUUGUUUGUGGUGUAAUCGUUUCACACGCAUGGAAAACAAUCUUUUUUCUUCUUUCAAACAUGUGGAAGCCAUUUUCCGAAAAGUGGCCACAAAUAUCAGCUGCUUCCAACCAUACGAAAAGUGCUGUAUUAUUUGUUGUUAAUUCGAAUUCCAUGGUUGGAUAUUUGGACUGCACUCCAGAUUUAUGUAUCUACUCACGGAAAUAUCUACAGGUUGAAGAGUAACAGUUUUAAACCCAUUACUUGGAUAUAUAUAAUUUCUGGGUGCUAUCUGUGAUCCAGUUUUAUCUCUUAAGAUGUAAUAGAGAAGGAAUGUAAUACCAAAUUCCCAUGGAAGGGAAAGCUGGACCCCAAUCCCAUGAAAAGCUUGCUUGCAUUUUUCUUAUGUGAUUAACGUGACAUUCUCCAUUAUAAGUAUUUGGUACACAUACUGGAGGAACAAUAUACUUCAGGGCUUGUGCGUUAUACAAAGUUUCAGCUUCCUUAACAGCAGAAUCAAAAGAAACUGAAAAUAAUUUGUCACAUCGAAUGUAUAUUCUAUGAACAUAUUCGAUGUUCUUCCUAUUUCCUGAGCAUUUAUCAAGAUUGUGGCGAAUGUAUCCAAACCAUGAAAUAUUAACAUUACUUUGGGAGCACUCAGUAAAGUUUUAUUUACUACAAAAUACCAAUUUUAUAUAAUUUUUUGAGAGACUGCAUGAAAACAUAAUGAUAUGUUUAAUUACCAUUAAAUCUUUUAGUAUAGGUAACUGAUCGAUUACCAACCCAUCGGUUGCUCAAGUCAUUAUUUCCAAUAAAAUUAUCUGGUAUAAUAUUUGCUGUAUACAGAUCUGUAUAAAUUCCUCCUGGUACAAUUGCAGGAAAUAGAAUUUCUAUAAAAUGAUUACAUGACAGUUUUUUAUUUGUUAUAUUGAAAUAAUAUGUAUAAACUAAAUACUUACCAUGUUGAGAUUGAUCUGCAUUGAUUUUACCUAAAUAAAAAAUGUAAUAUGUGUAUACAUCUGUAUUACAUGUUCAAAUUAAAAUUAUUAUAAAAAUAUUUAGCUUUAAAUAUCUCAUAAUACCUAACCAUGGCCCAUCUAAAGUUAUGGAUGAAACAGUGCCGGCAAUUAAAAAUAAACUUAUAAAAAGUUGGAAACUUUUCAUGUUUAUAUUCAAGAUAAUAUAUUUAUUCUCUUGAUAAUACAGUGUAAAUAUAAAUAUUAAAUUACAAUUUAUAAAACUGUCACAUCAGUAGAUCACUAAUACUAGGUUGUCCUAUAUGCUU